GGCGAAACCAAAUUCGUGGAAGAAAAGUCACAACACCUGCCUAGAAGGUCCACAAUCGGUUCGUUUGUUUGGUGGAAGAACGACCCAAACCGUGCCGAGCUCAAUUCAUCUAAUCACAUUUUUGUAACCGCAUAUCAAUCAAGCAGGGGGUGCAGCACAGAAAUGCCACGAGUACAUAUCAUUGCGCUGUUGUUUGUGUUAACAUUCCUUAACUUGAAUGCCCAGAAUGGAAACCUGAAGAAUGCGCAAAGACACAAUCCGUCCACCGUUUCUACCAGUGGGCUACAGCAAUUAGCGGUAGAUCCAAUGGUACUUUUACCACAGGCCUUGGAAAAUCUGCUCGUUGAGCGAGUGGUUGGAACAGCAGGUCAUGAAAAUGUGAAAAAUUACAUCGUGGAACAGAUGAAGCGGCUCGGCUACACGGUAGAUCUAGACGAGUUUGACCAAACCGUACCCAUCCUCGGCAAGGUACGGUUCAGCAACAUAAUUGCUACGCUCAAUCCAAAUGCGGAACGAAAUCUGGUGCUGGCCUGCCACUACGACAGCAAAUAUUUCCCCGGCCAAAAGUUCAUCGGUGCCACCGAUUCGUCCGUGCCGUGUGCGAUGCUAAUUACAAUGGCGGCCACACUCGAACCUUAUUUGCAGUCCGUGAAAGGAAAAACGGACCUAAGCUUACAGUUCGUUUUCUUUGAUGGUGAAGAAGCCAUUCAACAAUGGUCCGAGCAGGAUUCGCUGUACGGUGCACGGCACCUUGCCGAGCGUAUGGAGCUGGACGACACGCUGAAAAAGAUGGACAUGCUCGUACUACUGGACCUACUCGGAACACCUGAGCCAAACUUUUAUAGCUAUUUUUCGGAAACGGAAAAAUGGUACGUACAGCUUCUUUCUGUCGAGCGGCGUUUAGAUGAGGUGGGCCAUCUGGAAAACUACAGCACAAGCAGUGUUUCACCGGCGCAGAAAUCCAUCGCUUACUUCAAACCACAUUCCACCUCGGCGCAGAUCGAAGACGAUCACAUUCCAUUCCUAAGGCGCGGUGUACCAGUGCUACACAUCAUUCCAAGUCCGUUCCCGGACGUUUGGCACAAGCUGGAAGAUAAUGCUGAUAUCGUGGAUGUACCGACAGUGCGCAAUUUGAUCAGAAUAUUUUCCGUGUUCGUUUUAGAGUAUCUAAAUGUACCCUUAUGACAGGUGAAGGAUGAAUUUUGAUAACAUUAUACACCCAGUGCGUACUUACAAUCGAUGCUUGCGUAUUUUACCCUAUUGUAUUGUCCAGCUUGUGCUGUACAACGGAAAAAAUUAAGGGAUGGUCAUUUUAAUUAACUAGCAAACAGCAAUAUAACCUUUUUGGUGGACUUUUCCCAAGCGGAACAUAUCGGCAAAAGCGUAUUUUUGGUGCAAUAAACUAACUUGUUGAAAACAAUUUUAAAAAUAA